AUGUGUCCCACGAUCCUCAGUCGCCUCGCCGACGGUCCCGCCAUGGUCCUCUCUCCCCAGGAACACGCCUUCGUUCAGUUCCCCUCGCACUCGCUCUUCGACACCCACGGCUACCCGGCCAGUCCCAGCUCUGUCUUUGCCAACAGUGACUCCUCCUUCCAGCCAGACUCCAAGCUCGCGUCCGCGGCUCCCGCGGCGGCACCCAAACCGUCCCGGAAGAGGUCGCGCGAUGACGCGGCUCUUGAAGAGGAUUUCCGCCAGGCAGCCCAACUCAAGCCUGCCCCCGAACCCGCGGAAGAACCAAUCUACGGCGAGGGAAUGGUGCUCCUGAACCCGCGCACAGGCAUCGCGCUCUCGGCCGAAAGCCAGACGGGCACCUGGUGCGAAGAACAGUCCGAAGCCCAACUGGCCGCUGCACCGCCGGUCUCGUCGCGGUCCGACGCGCUCUCCGCAGAUGCCGCCGAUCUCAGCCGCAAGUCCCAGCGGCUCGACCCCUCUGCUCCCGGCCUGGACGACAUCGCACUCGCCUCAAUGCGCCAACGCCUCAACGGAUCCAACGCGGACGACCAGCAUCGCACCCUGCACACGGGAACAACGCCGCCCUCUGAACCCCUUGUCGACGACGCCACCCGUCUCCUCGGCAUCAGCUGGCAAUGCAUCAACCCAGACGACGACAUGGCCCCUGCCGUGCGCGGCUGGACCAAGUACAUCGACAACCAGUACGCGGCGCACCUGCGCGACUCGCGGAUGCUCAUGAAAUCCCGCGCCCUCAACGCCUACCUCGUGGCUGCCACACCCAUCGGCGCCCCCGCACCGGCUUUCUACCUGUUCAGCGAAGACCUCGCCCACGCCCAGCUCGUCGCCUCGUCCUGGGAUGCUUGUUUGCAUAACCUGCGCUGCUCCCCGAUCGCCUUCCAGGGCCCCGGUCCCCUGACUGCCGCAGACCGCAACGACCUCCAAACCACCAACCCGCUCUCCGCCCCCGCUGCUGUCGAUCAAGGCGUGCCGCUCUUGCAGCAGGCUCUUUCGGCUCACUCGACUCCCGAGGGACUGAACGGAGGCGUCGACAUGGGGAUGGAGAUUGACUCAUAA